AUGUUUACCUAUUUCCAAAGUAUGGUUGAAGAUAACCCAAAUUUUUUUUACACUUAUCGAGUGGAUGAAGAGGGUAGGUUGAAGGAUGUAAUUUGGGUAGAUGCAAGGUGUCGCAUGGCAUACGAGGAGUUUGGCGAUGUAGUUUGUUUUGACUCCACCUACUUGACUAACGAGUAUAAGUUACCAUUUUGCAACUUUGUGGGAGUUAACCAUCAUGGCCAAACCAUUCUUUUCGGAUGCGCGCUUGUCAAUAGAGAGACCGCUGAGACUUUUGAGUGCGUGUUUAGCAAUUGGUUGCGUUGUAUGGAGAACAAAACCCCUGUUGCAAUACUUGCAGACCAGGACCCUUCCAUGAGGAAAGCGCUUAAGACUACAAUGAAAGGGACUACACACAGAUGGUGUAUUUGGCACAUUUUGCAAAAAAUUUCUACAAAACUAGGGAAGCAUCCGAAAUAUCCUGAGUUGAAGGAAGAGUUAGAGAGUGUUGUGUAUGAUAGUUUGGAUUGUGAAGAGUUUGAAAGACGGUGGCAAGAAGUGAUCAAGAAACACAAAUGUGAAAUGGACGAGUGGCUGGAAGGACCUGAUAUCUUGAUGCCUAAUUUUUCUACUGUUUGUCGCCUGUAUGAUGAACGUCAUAUGUGGAUACCUGCUUUCGUGAAGCAUCUGUUUUGGGCCGGCAUGAAAACAACCCAAAGGGUUGAGAGUAUACAUAGUUUCUUCGAUGGUUAUUUGAGCAGGCAUACAUUGCUUAGUGAAUUUGUGGAGAGAUAUUGUGAAGCUCUGGAGGUUAGAGCUAUUAGUGAGAAAAGAGCUGAUGACAACAAUUCCAGAUUUGUUAGGCAACCCAUGACAUCCUUCCCAGCUGAGUCUGUGUUUCGCAAAAUUUAUACCGAUGCCAAAUUCAAAGAAGUCCAAAGGGAGUGUAGUAGGCUGUUAUAUGUGACGGGUCUGGAGAAGAGGCAAUUAUCUGACACAAUGAUAGAACAUGUUCUUGAGGAUAUUGUUUGGUUCAAACCAAAGAAUUCAAGAAAAGAAGUUCCCUCGCAGAGGAAACGGGUGUACAAGGUUACAUACAAUAGAAGCACGAAAGAAGCAGAUUGUGAAUGCAGGUACUUUCAUUGCCAUGGUAUCAUGUGUCGCCAUAUGAUUAUGGUGUACCAAAUGAAUGAUUGUACAGAAAUUCCCGACAAGUACAUCCUUCGUCGUUGGCGGAAAGAUGUUAUUAGGAAGCACACUAGAGUGAAAGUGAAGUACCAUGAUCCGAGUAAGACGGAGGCAGUGUGUAGAUUUGAUAAGAUGAUGGUGAAGUUUUCUCCUAUUUGUUCUAAGGCAUCGAUUUGCAAGAGUGCCUUUGAUGUUGUGUUAAACGGUCUACAGUUGCUUGAUAUCCAAGUUGAAGAGAAACUGUCCAUGAUGAGCAGGAAUAGAUCUGAUCUUAUGGGGUGUAAUGGGACACCAUCCUCCGUGUGUUUGGAAAAGGAGGCUCCACCACCUAGUACUGAAAAGCAAGGCAGUUGUGCGAAGGACCUGUCUCUACAACUUGCUACCAUAAAGGACCCACCAAUUCUGAAGAAACCGUCUCACCGUACUACAGAUUCGAGGUACAAGACUUGUAUUGAAAAAUCGAAGAAACCGGGUAAGAAGAAACAAGUCACAGCCGCUGGUGGGGGUAGUCUUAACAACCCACAAUCCUCAUUUCCACAGGAACAACAUUCAUUUCCUAUGAUGGGUUACAGUCCACAUUGUGUUGGAGGCAUUCAAAUGAAAGAUAGGGAUGGGUCUUUGGGCUACUUCACUUCGUUGUCUGGAGUUCAGCGUCCUCCUUCUGUUGGGGCUGCUUUUUCUCCAACUCAAAGGCCCCUUUUUCCCCCAUAUUAUAUGGCGUUCCAACAGUUUUGUCAAAUGCAGGGAUUUCCGAUGCAAAUGGAUGGUUAUAUGUCGCCUAAUACGGCCAUGUCUCAGUUCCCGUACCAGCUCAGGCCUGCAAAUUGA